AUGGCCUCCAUUGAAGACCCGGUUCCGGUUGGGGAUAUCAUAGAUGCACCUGUCGCCACCGAAGAGCCGGUCACUGAUCAAGAAGAAGCUCAACAAUCGGUUCCGGAGCCUAUGGAGUCUCCUACAGGGGAUGCACCCUCUGGAAAAGACGAGCCUGUUACCUCCCCAGCACGGAGCCAGGCAUCAUCAACAGGGCAAAAACGUUCGUUGAUGGCUGGUGGCCCAAGGCGUCCUGGUGCCACCACCACUACUACCACACGAACCACAAAACCGCCAACUACGACAACAGGCCGGUCGGCCGCAGGGAGCACGCUGAGCAAACCCCCAAUUCGCCCUACUGCCAACACGGCUACUCGGAAGUUACCAGGUUCGACGGCUCUUGGCUCUACCACGAAUACUACCCGCGCAUCUCGUAUGUCUAUCGGUAGCUCGGCCGAUGAACGGGCCAAGGCAGUUGCUAGCUCUGGUGAUGAGUCUCGGAAGAGUGGGAUGUCAGGAACUGCAAAAAGGGCUUCAAUGUCCGGAACGUUGGGCUCUCGAACUUCGGCUACUACAAGACCAUCCGCUACUUCUACCGACAGGAGGUCCUCCAUAACCCCUGCAGCAGAGAGGAAACCAACAACCUCCCGUCCGUCUACUGCGACCUCACAGACCCCAACAAAGCCGAUUGCUAGAUCCGCUGCAGCUGCCUCCACCACCCCUAGAACUGCCAGGACCAUUUCUACAUCUGCCAAAGCACCAGUUAGUACCGAUGCUGCGAAGAGGCGAAUCGGAACGUCAGCUUCCCCCUCCGUCACCAGGAAAACGACUGGAGCUCCUGCACUGGAUGAGGGAGCGGAGAAUGACAAAAUAGCUGAAUUGGAGUCCCAGCUCGCCGCUAGCGAGGCCAAGCUCGCUGAAGCUCAGGCCAAGGUCACAGAGCUUGAAAAAGCCGGCGAGGAUAGCUCUAAACACGAAGAGUUGGCGGAAUCUUACGCCCAGGAAAUAAAAACCUUACAAGGCAAGCUAGAGGAGGCAGAGACUAAAUACCAGGAAGCGGUUUCGCGAUCAAGCAAGGAAAUCGAAGAAGUCAAGCGGGAGGCUGCUGACUUGGGAGAAUCUAAAAGCACCGAGGUACUUAACUUACAACGCGCGGAGCACGAUGCUGCCGUUCAAAACCUUGAAGCUGAACUUGCUACCAAACGCGAUGCUGUUGCUGAGCUAACAAGCAAGGUUGAGGCUUUGAAUAAGGAACUAGAUGCGGCGACAAAAAAUGCUGAGCAGUUAAAGGAGGCCGAGAAGGAAACCACCGAGGCCCUCCAGCUGAAAUUGAAUAAUCUUGAGGAGGAACUUAGCUCAAGUAAGAAAGAGUUAGAGUCUGCCCAAGAAUUGUCUACUCAAAACUCUACUGCCUUAGAGGAGAAGGUUGCUGCUCUUGAGAAACAGCUGCAGGAGGCUAAAUCAGAGGCAGAAAAGGGGUCCGCCAACACAGCCGAAGCUAUUCUCGAGAAGGAAGAAGAGAUUAAAAAGUUGAAUGCAGCAAUCGAAGCGCUACAGAACGACAUCCUUGAGUCUCACCAAUCUAAAACCAAUGAGCUUGAGCAACAGAAAGUGGAAUUGAAAGCUGAGCAUGAUCGUGCCCUGGCUGAGAUGGUAGCAGGACAUGAUGUUGCAGUUGCGCAGCUGACAGCUCAAUAUAACACCGAGCGCAGUGAGGUAGAGACCGCAACAAGCACGGCAAAAUCAGCUCUGGAGCAGGAACUCCAGAACUUAACUGAGAAACACGAGGCCGCCAUAUCAGAGCUGAACAAGAAGAUCGAAGAGUUGACUGCCGAGAAAGCUAGCCUUAGCAGCCAGGCUGAGAGUUCCAAAUCGACUUACGAUGCCGAUAUCCAAAGCCUCAAGGUUAAACUUUCAGAGGCCGAGGAAGCUCUAGCUAGUGAAAAACUUGCUGCUGAGAAACACAGCGCCGGCGAGACAGCUGCGUCUGCUGAGAUUGAAUCCCUCAAAGCCACUAUCCAGUCUCUUGAAGCGGAGCUUUCACAGCAGAAGUCAGCUGUCGAGUCAUUAACGGCUGAUUUAGAGGCUGAAAAGGCUCAAGUGACCGUCUUGCAGAAGGCCCUUGAGGCAUUUGAAGCCGAUAGCAAGGAUAAAGAUGAGCAUCACGAUAACAUGAACAAGAAGCUCACCAUCGAAAUUGAGAAUCUGAACAAGUCUCUAGAAGAAAAAACUCAGGAAAUCAACUUAACCAAGGAGCAACAUGCCGAAGCCCUUGAAGCCAUUAAAACAUCCCAUGCGGACGACCUUGCUAAACAUGAGUCCGAUGCGGCUACAUGGCAAGAGAAGAUCAAAACCCUGCAAGAAGAGCAAGACAGGCUUCUUACCUUGAAGGAAGAAACUGAAAAGACUCAUAAUGAUAAGAUUGAGGCUCUCCAGGCUGACCAUGCCCGACAAAUUGAAGAACAUACCACCAAAUUCGCAGCUCUUUCUGAAUCUCACAAAGCGAAUGAGUCUUCCACGAAGGAGCUUGAGAACUCCUAUGCCAAGCUAAAGGAGGAAUUUGAAAAUACCCUGGCGCAAACGAAGAACGAAUUGGAAUCUACUCACGCGAAAGGAGUUGAGGAACUCCUAGCUGCUCACGAAGAGAAACUCAAUAAUUUGAGAGCCGAGCAUGAUGCAAGUUCUGCCGAGAAACUUGCUGCUGCGGAAAAGUCACAUUCGGAAACUGUUGCUGAGCUUCGGGCGGAUCUUGAAAAAGCCAAAGAAGCUGCUGCUGACACAUCAGCCAUUGAUGCCCUGAAAGCUGAAAUCGCGGAAUUGAAAGCGAACCACGCUUCCCAGGUGGAAGAUCUUGCAAAGGAAAAGGCAGAACUAGAGGGACGACUUGAUAGUGCGGGGACCUCUGCCAAGGACGCAGAAUCGGCUCGGGAGGUGCUAGCUGCUAAACACGCUGAAGAGCUUGACGCAGCCCAGGCUGAGGCUACGAAGAAUGGUGAUGCCCAUGCUACUGCGCUCCAAGAGAUUAAACAACUCAAAGAUGUUGCUGCCAAAGCCGAAACCGAGUUCCAGGAGACAGAAAAGAAAUAUUCCCAGCUUGAAAAUGACAUGGCUGCCUUGAGCGAGAAGAACAUGGAAAUGGUUGAGAAGAUCCAGGAGUAUGAAGCAUCGGCAGCGAAAGCCAAUAGGAAGAUCCGUGAACUUGAAUUUGAUCUCAAAGAUGCACAGAAGUCUGAUACCCCUACAUCGAACGGAGCCAGCAAUGGCAACACUGGUCUAGGAGCCAGCAAGUGGGCUACAACAGGGGACGAUGAAAAGCAGGAGGACCCAGUUCUACCUGCUAUGGAAGGUGAGAAGCUUAGUUCUUCUAUUGCGGGGACGGUGGCGAGCAUUCAGGAGCAACUGCGGCAGCUUGAGGAUGUGAAUAGCGAAAUGGUUGAAGAUCGCGAUAGGAUUAUCAACGCCCUUGAACAUGCCACUCUAAGGGUGAAAUCUGGCUCUCACAGUCCUGCCUUACCAAGCCCCAGUAAUAACUCCAGCGAGGUUUUAUCCGCGUAA